GUGCCAUUAAAUUUCCCUAUGCGGUAACAUACUUCUGUAAAAGUGCGCUCAACAUGAGAUAGCUUCAGAUUGAAUCCCCCUUUUAAGUGUCAGCUAAAAAUUUCACCCCCCUUGGAAACUCACUGAUGCCACAUAAAGAUGAAAAAGUUCCUUUGGGAGAAUGGCGUGAAAGUUUCCUUCGGCGUGCUGGGCAUAAUUUACUUCCUCUACCUGAAGCGAUUUCUGAUCCAGGAGUGGGGGAUAUAUCAAAUGAAGAAGAAGGAGAGAGACAUUACCACCAACAAAAUUCAAAUUUAUGAAGACCACGAAAAUGUAAAGCACAUUCUGGACGAGGAGAAGACCAAAACACACCGGAGGGCGUUCGAUUAUGGAAAGAAGAACUGAGGGGCGAGAUAGAGGGAUGAACUAACAACCCAGAAUUGUUCCUCCGUUUUCCAUUUUGGAGAAGCAAGAGGAGAAGGAAAAGAAAGGAAAAAGAAAAAAAGCAGCUGCGUCGUAACGAAUGUGUAUUUGUUCACAAGUGGAAUGGAACACUUCCCAUUCUUGUGGUUCCCUUUUUUUUUUUUUCCUUCAUUUCUGUCCCCCUUUUUGAUGUUACGAGGAAUGGUCAAUUUAUCGGAACGAAUCUCCAUUAUGGGAAAGCCAUUAUCGUGUGCAAUUUGGCACAUCCUUACGUAUCCAUCUGGACGGCUAAGUCAACUUGUGUGUGCAUGUACACAGACCAGCAAUCUUUAAAACAAAAUAUAACGUUCACAACCCAUUUUACCUUUUUAUGGACCGAAUUCGCCACUCGUUUCUUUUUUGUUUGCUCUAAACUGGUGCAUGUUGUGAGACUCCCUUGUGGAGGAUUCCCCAUUAAGCAGCUCCUCCACUUUUCUUUUUCCUUUUCGAAGUUGACUUUGUUUAUU